ACGUAUGUAGUUGUCAACGUAGCCACUCAUGUUUGAGCAAAGGCGGGACUAAGGGGAUGGAUGACUGGAGUUUCCCUUGCGGUCUGAAGAUUAAUGGAAGGGGUCUGUUGAUCAGAAUACUCGUCUAUUAGCUGGUUGUCCAAGGAAACCGGUGCAUUUGACGGCUGGCUUUGGAACGAAUGGAGCUCUAUUGUUUUUGGUGACCGGCGGUGGAAAAAAAAACUUACGCUGAUAUCCAUCUGGCUGUCCUUUUCUCAGCUUGACAAGGCCUACCCACACAGAAAUAGCACCUGGUUAGCUAAGGCCAAAAAUCGAAAGAAAAGAAGCUAAAAGCUAAUGUUAGCUUGCUAUUUCGAAAUACAGGAGCAUCUUUUUUCGACUUGGAUUUUUAAAGAAAGGAGCAUUUUUAGAGAAGGACAGUCAAGUGACAUCGGAGUUUGUCUGCUCUUGUUUGGAACUCGGGAGCUACACUUAUUUAAGGAAUACCGCUAGCUUCCAGUGGCUAGCUAACGUGCCAACCUUGCUAACCCGAAGCGCCUGUGUUCGCUGCAGACUUGGACUUCACUCGCUUCGCCAGAGUUCUUUUGUAUUUAUACUGGGGGGCUAGUGUGGUAAAUACAUUAGUACUCGUUUAAGAAUAAUGACAGCUGUUAGCUAGUAGCUGCUCGUUUGGCUAUAUUGUGUCAAACGGCUGCAUUAGCAGUGUAGCAUAACUGAACGACUUAAGAAGUAAACUCAUUCCAAGUCCAGGGACACCACCGACAGCCUGCCACCAUGGGCAACACGCCCACCGCAAAGAAGGGCAAUGAGAUGGAAAGUGUGAAGGAGUUUCUUGCCAAAGCCAAAGAAGAUUUCCUGAAAAAAUGGGAGAAUCCAGCACAGCAAACUGCAGCAUUGGAUAAUUUUCACCGUUUGAAGACCUUGGGCACAGGUUCUUUUGGCAGAGUCAUGUUGGUUCAACACAAAGAUACGGGCCAGCAUUUUGCUAUGAAAAUUCUUGACAAACAGAAGGUAGUGAAGCUGAAGCAGAUAGAACACACAUUGAAUGAGAAACGUAUCCUGCAAGCAGUCAGCUUUCCUUUUCUGGUGGCACUGGAACACUCUUUUAAGGAUAACAGUAAUCUGUAUAUGGUGAUGGAGUUUGUGCCUGGGGGAGAAAUGUUCUCACACCUGAGGAGGAUCGGUAGAUUCAGUGAACCACACGCCCGCUUCUACGCUGCCCAGAUUGUACUGACCUUUGAAUACUUGCACUCACUGGACCUAAUCUACAGAGAUCUAAAGCCAGAGAACCUGCUCAUUGACAACCAGGGUUACAUACAGGUCACAGAUUUUGGAUUUGCAAAAAGGGUGAAAGGCCGAACCUGGACGCUUUGUGGCACUCCAGAGUACCUGGCGCCAGAGAUCAUCCUCAGUAAAGGCUACAAUAAAGCUGUGGACUGGUGGGCUCUGGGAGUUCUGAUAUACGAGAUGGCUGCUGGGUACCCCCCCUUCUUUGCAGACCAACCCAUUCAGAUUUAUGAAAAGAUUGUAACGGGGAAGGUCCGCUUUCCCUCACACUUCAGCUCAGACCUGAAGGAUCUCUUGAGAAAUUUGCUGCAAGUGGACCUGACGAAGCGUUUUGGCAACCUCAGGAAUGGAGUCAAUGAUAUCAAGGGUCAUAAAUGGUUUGCCACUACUGAUUGGAUUGCCAUCUACCAGAAGAAGGUGGAAGCUCCCUUUAUUCCCAAGUGCAAAGGCCCCGGUGACACAAGCAACUUUGACGAUUACGAGGAAGAGGAAAUCCGAGUCUCCUUGACAGAGAAGUGUGCAAAGGAGUUUGCAGAGUUCUAAAUUCGAGUAGCACACAGAGGGAGCGACUGAGAUUUAGAUAGUAAAGGGGAUCUGACUUCAUGAAGCACUAGGGUGGACUUAAAACUUGCUUUUUUGUGAUGAGGAAAAAAAUGUAAAAAAACAAAAAAAAAUCCCCCCUCCCCACUCUCAAAUGAAAAGUAGGCAAGGUGACAAAAGGUCCACAGCACCAGCAGUGUUGCCUUCUAUGAUUGUUUCUCAAAUAGUUCCUGUUGUUCUUCUUUUUCUUCAAUCCCUCUUGUGCUUCUGACGGGGCUCAACACACAGCCGCAGGUUGUGGCUGUUCGGCUAGAAUUCUGACGACUUCAUGACACAUUUUCAGUUUCUGAAGGUUUAUGCUGAGUUUAUGUCAGCAAAGGUACUAAAUCUGUUCGGCGCAUUUUUAUUUUAUUUUUUUUUUUUUUUGAAUGGGUUCACUCGACGAGCUUUUUCUGGUGAUUGUGGAGUGAUUGUCGUAUCCCGUCCGCAUAGCAACCCGUUCAUCUGUCCAAGCAAUACCAAGUCCAACAGAUGUGCCUAUCACGAUGCCAACUGGUUGGAAAACUGUGUCAAACGCGUAGAGUUUUUUUGGCUGUCGUGGCCGUUUGGUUGAGAACCGUCUGCCUUCGUCUGCUUAUCAGGGCGCGAUGGUUGGGCGGCCGAUGCCCUCUGCUGGCCGAGUCCCGAGCAGCGGCGGCGACCUCUUGAUCAAAGUGAAAACUAUUUAUCAUCUUCGUCUUACUCCUCUGGGGACCUAUGGGAUGUAAACAGGCGGUCUGCAUUGAAAAUUUUUCUCUUAGCUGAAUUUAUUAGAGCAUUUUAAAAAUCCUGUUGGUGAUCAUUUUGUCCUUUUUAUGUCGAUCUCUGUGCUUGUGUGUUAUUUAGUACUCAUGGGUGGGUUAAAAGGCUGCGGUUUUGCAGCUGCUAACAUUGUGGUCACACUCCGGACUCCUUUAUUUAAUUCAUAGUACAUUUAUACAUGUAUAUUGAGAUAUAUAUAGAUAUAUAUAUAUGAUAGAGGACAUGAAUUAUCCAUCUUUUUCAAGAUUCUCAUUGCUGUGAAACUGACUUGAUAUUUCAUAAACAAAUUCUGCCAAAUUUGCAGGCUGAGAACACUGCAGUUGUUUGUAUGUGAUGAUGAUGGUGGUGGAUUUUAAUACACGAAGCAGUAGCAAAACGACACGUGCAUGUUAUUUUUGUACUUCAAUCACCAUUGCGGACCGGUGGCAGAGCGUUGUGCCUGACCUGAGCUGAGGUACUUGAGGGCAAGAUGUCAGAAACGGAACUUGACGCUUGAUACUCAAGUGAAUACGCUUGAUCCAGACUUCUUUACCAUGUUGGGCAAAUUAAAAAAAAAAUAAGGUUAAUACUCGUAGAAGUUUUCUGACCUGGACAGUGUUUUCCCUCUUUACAUUUUUGCUGAUUUCAACUGAAAGCAAAUGAUGGGAGUUUGGGGGGGGGUUCCAUUUUUUUUCUGCUUUUUGUGAAACAAACCUAAAAAAAACAAAAAAAAAACUAGUCUAAAAUUGUCGUCUUUUUCUCCAAAUGAUUUUUCUGUGGAAACAAGACAAUCGCAGACCAGGUCUUCUUGCUGGUUUGCUGACAAAAAUGUAUUGGUCUGGUUUAAAGAAAUAAAAGCUUUCACCUUCCAACCUUCGAACGGCCCUAGGUGCUAGACUUUUGUCCAUCUCACUGAAAAGCUUUUGUGAAUUGUUCGAUGUGCAUCGAUCUUUUUGUCGGCGUCUCGUAACAUUACAUUUUUAGAAUGUUUUUGACUAUUUCAGUUGGCUCGAGUAAUUAUUUUUGGCAGUGUCUUAACGUAGUUUUGAUCAAACACAAUACAUUUUUGAAUGUCUUGAAAUGCAGAAACGUUUCUUUUAUGUUACAAAUGUUUCUUUAGUGGGUUUGGUUUUUCCUCCCGUUUGACCGGAGACGGCUUCUAGACGUGGUUUACAGAACUUGAAGUUAUUUGAGCUUCGUGCCGAACGGGGCAGCGGAUCACCAACCAAACCCUGUUGUGUCUGAGAUAAUGAAGCACAUGCCACGCCUUUAGGGUAUGGACUAUUUAAGUCAUGUGUGAGGAUUCUUUGCAAAAGAGCACAUGUUUGUUCUCACAUAAAUCACUGGGUGGGUAGAAGGCAGCCCGCACUCGAUCCACGGAAACAUCCCGCCGCUCUCUGAUUCACGCGUUAAAGCCGACGUCGGUCUGAUAAGUUCGUUUCCAUCAUCGUUUACAGUAUGAAUCGCUUUGUGCAACAGAGUUCGUCUCCCGUCUGCCUUCUACUGUCAUCGCGUUUCCACACACUUUAUUCAAUCAUAACACUUUUUACAUCUCGAGAUGUUUUGCGUUCAUGUUUUCUAAUUGUAUUUUCAAAAAAUAAAAAAAUAGAAAAAAGCAAAAACAGAACAUUAACCUUUUUUCCUCAUGACCUGGGUACAGUGCUUGUGUAGUCUAUUGUACCUUUUGGGAAACAAUAUUGUAUAUCCUUGCCUUCAACAGUCUUAACUAUCUUACCCACUGGAGAACUUGACAGAUACCCUUAGAACACAAUGAUUAUGUAUAAAAAAUAUAAACAAAAUAAUAUUUUGCAAAAUGUAUCAUUCCAAUAAAGUUUUACUUGUUAAGACUGA